AUGAUUAAGGGAAGCAAAAGCAGAACACUAGAGGUAACGAUUUUAUCGGCGGAGGAUCUCCGCAUAAACGGAAAGGCGGCGAACAAGAACGUGUUCGUGGGUGUACGCGCCGACUCUCUGACGAGCCAAAUGACAACAAUGAAGGGCAAUGGCGAAGGAGGGGGGUUCCACACGUGGAACGAGAAGUUCUUGGUGGAGUUGCGCGAGCGCGUGAUGGAUGUAACGUUCGAAGUGAAGAGCAAAACGGGAACGCGUGUGAAGGACGUUGGCGUGGCGAGAGUGGCGGUUAAGGAUUUUCUUGGGGGGUCGGUUCCUAAUCACUGCUUGCAGUUUCUGAGUUACCGGUUGAGGGAUUGGGAUGGCUUGCGAAACGGGAUCAUCAAUUUUUCCGUUAGAGUUGUGGGGGCUGAAGAGGUUGUUGCUGGUUCUUGUGGGUCGCAGAAAGGUGCUCAGAGUGUUUCUUCCUGCGAAGGUGUUGUUACUGGCAUUCCCGUUCGGUGGAACGCCUCAACUAGCAUUAGUCAAGUUUGA